GAACUCCGAGGUGAAGUUCCGAAUAUUCCUAGCUCCACGUGCUGAUCGUCUGUUGUCAGUUUCACUUGAACCAAUGGCAUACGAAGCUGUUAAAACACAUUUCGAAUCAAAUUUACCUUCAAGAUAUUUCAAACUAUCGACAUUAAGUGUUAGAAGUACAGUAAUGUGCGCUUCUUCACAAGUGGUGGAAAAUGGAAAGACGUUAACCUUUAAUGCAAUAAAAAUCGGAGAAACUGGUUUCAGCUGGGAAAGAUGUUAUCCAAAUAAUAAAGCGUACGCGACCUCCACGUGCAGAGGCGGAUAUGACGAUGGUGCCACGUUCCGAGAGAUAAAAAUAGCUGAAAAUUGUGGAGAGGUUCCGGUAUACAACGAAUCUGAGAGCACAGUUACUUUGAGAAACUUAUCCCAGACGGUGAUAACAGAAGAAAAUUACAAGACGGUGCUUAGCAACACUGCUAACUUGACGAACCCGGAUGUAAACCUCACCGCGGCAGAUAUUAUCUACACCGCAGAGAUAUUGUACAAUUACCUGCAAUUUGACACCGUCAAUACACCGGAAGUAAGUGAAAUACAUAUAGGCAAGGGACCGGGUACAAGCCCCACAUGA